AUUGCCGGGCCAAUGAUUAGCGGCUGUCUGCCGGACGGGCGGCGCGCGGCCUUGGUGUGAGGGCCGCCGUGGUGCGCCGGUCACCGACCUUGGCCGGCGGCGCUGUCUGCGGCCGGCGCCUCCCAUUGACGACCGCCGCGCGCAGGUGACGUCACCGGCUCCCCCUCGGCCCGGUGUGACGUCACGGGCGCGGCUCAGCUGGCGCGGGGCGGCGCUCGGCGGCGGCGGCUCAGAACGUCGAUACGGACCGGCGCCGUCAGCCGCUCCGCGCCGCCCGCCGCUCAUCGUCCCUGUGUUUCUCCCAGUGUGAGCGCGUGCAGCGCAGUCACAGCAGCCCGCUCGGCUGGCCUCUCACUCAUAAAUGUGUGGCGGAGCACUUUCAACGGCAGAAAACCACCAGAGCGGCCGGGGCUUCAGCCGUAUGGAGCUGCUGAAGGGAAGCAGCGAGUUCUGCCGAGCCCAGCACAAAUAAAGUGUCAGAGCGCGCGCCGCGCCUGUGCUGGACAGUGCGUGUCAGUGAGGGUGCUGCCGUGCCCGAGGCCGGGUCACCGCGCGGACUGGGUGCCACAUGGGGUGAGGCGUGCACGGGGCCGCCGACAGCUGCGCCGCGCCGUCCGUCCGUGAGCUGUGGGCGUCCGCCGCGCCCCGAGUGGCUGUGGUGCGCGCGAGGAGCGCUGCAGGGUCCACCCCGGGCCGCCGCCGUCUGACCCGCGCCCGGCACACACUGACAUGAGCAAUAUGAGGAACAAGAGCAUCCGACCGGCGCCCUCCGAGAUUGAGUACAAGGGCAUGCGGUUCCUGAUCACGGACCGACCCACUGAGAACACACUGGCUGCCUACGUAGAGGAGCUGAAGAGGCACAACGCGCGCUCGGUGGUGCGCGUAUGCGAGCCCACCUACAAGACGGACCUUCUGGAGCAGGAGGGCAUCUCCGUCACGGAUCUGGUGUACGACGACGGUACCUUCCCUCCGACCGCGGUGGUGGACGACUGGCUGGAUCUGCUCCGUAAGCGGUUCCGCGCCGACCCGACCGCCUGCGUGGCGGUCCACUGCGUGGCGGGCCUGGGCCGGGCGCCCGUGCUCGUGGCGCUGGCCCUCAUGGAGCUCGGACUCAAGUACGAGGAUGCCGUCGAACUCAUCCGACAGAAGCGACGCGGCGCCAUCAACGCCAAACAGCUGCAGUAUCUGGAAAAGUACCGUCCCCGCUCGCGGCUGAAGCUGAAGAACGGCCACAAGGCCGGCUGCUGCAUCCAGUAGUUGGCAGCACCGCCGCGCCGGCAGGUGGCAGCACCGCCGGGCCGCUGCCGCCGACAUAUCAUUGAGUUGUCUCUUCUGCGCGGCGUUAGGUUCUGGAGGCGGUCCGGCUCUCGUGGCGUGAUGUGCAUGUGUGCUGUUUGCCGGCCACUCUUCCUGCGGCCGCCGGCAGCCCCUGGACGCCAGAAAGGUGCGCUAUUGCGUGGCCCGGCGGCCCCCGGCCCGGCCUGACCCCAAUGUACCGAGCCGGCGGCUCGCGCCCGGCCAAUGAACUGUUCGGAGCAUGCCUGCACCCGACGGGGGCGCUGCCUGGUGGCCGCCCUGCGAACUAUAAUUGUCGGCCGCGCCCGCCGAGCGCGGUCGUCCGUUUCUCCUAGGUUUGUUUUUGUUAUAUGCGCUCGUGGGGGGCCGUCGGCGGGCGCGGUGACCGCGGCUCCGAGCGGGUCGCGCCCAGCUCGGUUUUACUAAUCUGUGACCACAUAGUCGGAGUGCGAGUCGCCUGGAACGUGCGUGUUUCUACUGUAGACAAAUGACAAAUAAAUUCUGUGUAUUCGGCC